AUGGUAGAUAGUAUAAGAUCAAGUAAUGGAUUAAAUAAUACAACUAGUUCAAGUACAUCAUGUCUUUCACCAAGUGUAGAAUUUGGUGAGGAUUAUAGAAUUAUAGUAGUGUCGAAUAGACUGCCUGUUUCAUUGAAAAAGGAGGACGAUGGAGUAUGGACCAGUAAGAUGAGUUCAGGUGGCCUCGUCGCAGCGCUGUCUGGACUAAAGAGCAACAAUUUCGUGUGGGUCGGAUGGAUUGGCAGUGAAAUUGACGAAGCAGACCGUCCACAAAUCAACAAGAUGCUCAUGGAAAAACACAACUGCAUACCCGUCUAUCUCGACGAAAAGGUGGCCAACGAGCACUACAAUGGCUUCUCCAAUGCAGUGUUGUGGCCACUCUUCCACUACUUGCCAGGCGAUCUCGACUAUGACGACAAUAUUUGGAAUAGCUAUGUCGAAGCCAACAAGGAGUUCUCCAAGGUUGUCCUCGGUCUAUUGCAACCAAACGAUUUGGUGUGGGUACACGACUACCAUUUAAUGCUGUUGCCAGAGUUGGUUCGUACCAGUAGUCCCGAUGCUCGUAUUGGAUUCUUUCUCCAUAUUCCAUUCCCAUCAUCUGAAAUCUUCCGUGUCCUCCCAUGUCGUAAAGAGAUCCUCAUGGGUGUGCUCAAUAGCAAUCUCAUCGGGUUCCACACCUAUGACUAUGCAAGACACUUUUUAAAGGCGUGUACAAGAAUAGUCGGACUUGAGACAUCUCCCAAUGGUGUCUAUCUAAAUGACAAGUUUGUUUCAGUCGGUGUCUUUCCCGUUGGCAUUGACCCAGACAAGUUCUUUGAAAUGUUGAAAACCGACAAGGUCAAAGAACGUAUCCUCGAACUCAAACAAUCAUUCUCUGGUAUGAAGGUGUUGAUUGGUAUCGAUCGUCUUGACUAUAUCAAAGGUUUACCUCAAAAAUUACAAGCAAUGGAAAGAUUAUUCCAAAAAUAUCCAGAUUGGAAAGGUAAAUUGGUUUUAAUUCAAGUUGCAGUACCAUCAAGACAAGAUGUUGAAGAAUACCAAAAACUUAAAAAGGAUGUUGAAGAAUUGGUUGGUAGAAUCAAUGGUACCUAUGGUACUCUUGGGUACAGUCCAAUUCAUUAUCUCUUCCAAUCGGUUGAUUCAACUGAAUUGACAGCACUAUACAAUAUUGCAGAUGCUGCUUUAAUCACUUCCAUUCGUGAUGGUAUGAAUCUAGUAGCUCAAGAAUAUAUUGUCAGUCAAACUGAUAAAAAAGGUGUUUUAAUUCUUAGUGAAUUUACUGGUGCGGCUCAAUCACUUAGUGGAGCAGUUUUAAUAAAUCCAUGGAAUACAGAGGAUUUGGCAGACUCGAUUCACAAUUCAUUAUGUGAUGACACAAUGCCAGCACAUGAAAGAGAGGAUAAACAUCAAAUGUUAUCAAAUUAUAUCACAAGACAUACUGCAUCACAUUGGGGUAAUGGAUUUGUAAGAGAAUUAUUUAAAGCAAGUCAUCAAGCUGAGAGAAUCAUUUCAAUUCCAAAAUUAAAUACCAAUGGUGUCAUUGAAGCUUUCAAGAGAAGUAAAAAAGAUUAUUGUAUUCCAUCACUUUGUAAACCACCUCAAGAUUUAAUCAAUUCUUUAAAGACUUUGAGUUCCGAUCCAGUACGUGUUUCAAAUGAAGUUUAUUUACUUAGUGGUAGAGAUAAGAAAACAUUGGGUGAAUGGUUUGCAGAUGUUGAUGUUGGUUUGUCUGCUGAAUAUGGAUGUUUUGUUAAACAACCUGGAUCAAAGGAAUGGGAUCAAAUGUGUCCAUCGUUGGACUCUAGCUGGAAGGAAACCAUUCGUCCUCUUUUUAAAUACUUUGCUCUGAGAACACCUGGAUCGUUCUUUGAAGAAAAGGAAAUGUUGUUUACAUGGCACUAUAGAAACGCUGAUCCCAUCUUUGGAUCUAUUCAAGCAAGAGAGUUGCAUCUCCAUCUAGACAACCUCCCAUUGGAUGUAAUUGUUGGUGACAAGACACUUGGUGUUAGAUCGUACAAUAUCAAUCCAACCACAUCAAUGCGUAGAGUCAUCAUGGACUCUAUUCCAAGGGGAUUAGAUUUUGUUUUGCUAGUCGGUGACACUCAAAUCCAUCCAAGUGAAUUACCAAAUCUAGACAAUGGAGAAAUCUUUACUGUGUCUGUUGGAAGAAAGAGCAAUAAGGAGAACUUUUACCUUUCUGAUCCAUCAGAGGUAAGAGAAUUAUUACAACAUCUUGUUGAAAAUGCAACAAAUGCUGCUGAAGCUAAACCAUAA